CUAUCUGUCCGUCUGUCUGGGUGUUAACUAAUCUAUUAAUUUGGCUUGCUGUGUUCUAUAUCUUUGCUGUGUCUGCUAAACUGGCUUUAUGUUUAUGAUUGCUUGUUUAUCUUAAGUGCCUUUGUUUCUUUGGUCAUAUCCUAAUUUUUGUAGUCUCUGUUAGACAUAAUAUGAAUAUCAGACGGUUCAUUGGCAUCUUAUCUUGAUUACCAUCGUUUCGUUUGACCUAACUAUUAAUGUGGCUAUGAAUCAGUGGACAUAGCCUACAAGUAAAUAUGUGAAUAUUAGAUUAAGAUACAAAAGAAUGUAUCAAGGAGCCUGAAUUUGUUAAAAGUUCACUACCAGGCUUUCAGAAGAAAGACAAUCUGUGACCACAUCUUGAGCAAACAGUUUCAGUGCAAGAACAGCCUCAGAAGGGGAAGAAAGUCUUUUAACAGAAGAAUUUAUUUUUGUAUGUAAGAUAUGUGGUUAUUCACUACCUUACAGAAAAUACAUUUCAAGUGAAUUAAUUUAUUAACAAACAAAAAAAAAAAACAUGUCGCAGGUUAUCUGAUGUAUGCGUGGCAUGUAAGCCUAUGCGCGGCGUUGCUAAGGAGGAGUCGAGCAGUUCUUGCCACUGUCGAGCACACCCACUCUGGACAAGCACCUUAUCCGUGUGAAAAGCACUAUUCGUUUGCACUUUGUCAAGUUGCCAUUCAGACGGUUUCGUGGGUAUCACAAGUCUACAUGGGCCCAUAAUACGGUUCGUGGGGAUGACCAGUUUAUAGCAUAUGUUGUAAAACGUACGGUCCUUGGUGAAGAGACAUUUUACUCACAAAUAUAUACGGACUUCCCUGCAUUUUCUGCAGGUGCUUACGCACGAGGCCCGUGAAGGGAAAAUGUCCAGUGGGAAACAUGCACCUGUGGCUGAAAACUCCUCAUCGAUGACCCUGCAGGGAUGUCUGGAGGAGUGUAUGGAAGCCCUGGACCUUUUUCUCAACAACCACUUCAGUGAGAGUUUGGAAAAGCUAAGACCACGUGCCAAGGACAGCAUGUACCAUGCUCUCAUCUAUGCCACAGUGUUGGAGAUGCAGGCCAUGAUGACGUUCCAGCAUGAAGACAUUGUCAACGCUGGAAACACCAUGAAAUGUGCACAGGAGGUGUGCCAGAGGUUUCGUCGAAAGUCUGGCUCACUGGCAAGCAAGUUGUCUGGAGACAAUUUUUCUGAGGAGCAACUCCAUGCUGAGGUGUGCUACGCAGAGUGCCUUCUACAGAGAGCUGCUCUCACAUUCCUGCAGGACGAGAACAUGGUGAACUUUAUCAAAGGAGGACUCAAAGUGCGCAACAGCUACCUCAUAUACAAAGAGCUCCACACUUUUGUCCAAUCACGUGGGCCUCGCACAGGGCCCAACCACUCCCAGCUUGAGGGAGGGUUGUCCUUCGGUAUCGGAGCCUUUAACUUGACCCUGUCUUUAUUUCCUCCACGGAUCCUGAAGAUUCUAGAGUUUGCAGGCUUCUCUGGUGACAAGGAGUAUGGUUUAUCACAGCUACACCAGGGGGCGCUCUCACACAACCUGCGCUCCAUGCUGUCCGCUCUGCUGCUGCUCUGCCACUACACCUUCCUCUCCUUCAUACUCGGGACGGGGGAGGCUGAUGUGGCCGAGGCGGAGAGCCUGCUGAAGCCAUUUCGCCUGCGUUAUCCACGAGGUGCCAUUUUCCUCUUCUUUGCGGGCAGAGCGGAGGAGAUCAAGGGGAACAUUGAUGAGGCGGUGGCGCUGUUUGAGGAUGGCUGCAAGGCCCAGCAGGCUUGGAAGCAGUUUCACCACAUGUGCUACUGGGAGCUGAUGUGGUGCUUCACCUACAAACGCUUCUGGAAGAUGGCUUAUUUCUACGCAGACCUCCUGAGUCAGGAGAGCCGAUGGUCCAAGGCCAUGUAUGUGUACAUGAAGGCAGCCUGCCUCAGUAUGCUGCCUCACGAAGAGUCCAGACCCUUCGGGGACAAUGAGGUGGAGCUCUUCAGACAGGUGCCUUCCUUGAAGCAGAAAAUAGCAGGCAAGUCUCCACCCACGGAAAAGUUUGCCAUUCGGAAAGCCCGCCGCUACAAAGCCAGCUGUCCCAUACGGUUGCAAGUGCCAGUGCUCGAGAUGAUGUACAUGUGGAAUGGCUUUGCCAUGAUCAGCAAGCGGCCUGAGCUCACUGAAGGCAUGAUGGAGACUCUCCUGGAGGCAGAGCGCUCUCUACAGGAGUCACCUGUAAAUGAAUAUACAUUAGACGACAUGUGUGUCAUUCAGCUGCUGAAGGGACUGUGCUUUAAGAACCAGGGCAAAAUCCAAGCAGCAGAGGAAUGUCUCAACACUGUGUGCAUCAAUGAGAAGAAGUUGAAGUUUGACCACUACCUGGUUCCCAACGCUUUGCUGGAGCUAGGCCUUCUCUAUAUUGACCUUGGGCGGCGAGAAGAGGCAAUCAAGCGACUGCAAAAGGCCAAACACAACUACAAAGAGUACUCCAUGGAGUCUCGCACCCACUUCCGCAUCCACGCUGCCCUCUCUAAACUGAAAGCUGACACAAGUGACCAGGGAGAGACAACUGCACUGUAAUAUCAGCUGACCUUCCAGGGAAAGGAACUCUGCUCCUUUUAAAGCAUGUUUCACAGAUCCUU